UUAGACCUACAGGACACUCUACAGAGUGGCUUCAUAAAAACAAAACAAAAACCCCAUGCUACCUUCGAGGAGAAGGGAUCAGGUCCAGUCUCCUCCUAGUUGCUUUUGGCACUGUCUACAUUCUGCCACCCAGCCCUGGCUGCAGCUCAGCGUGAUCAAGGAGGGGGAGUGAAGCUGCUUAGGUUCUGUAUCCGGGGAAUUCAAGUUUCUCUUUGUGAGCUGUGGUUCACAAAGCCUAGCUGACAUCACAUCUGUGAGGCCGAUUGGUGAGAGACUCACUUCCUACACCCUUUGGUCAACUAACCUGCGAUGUUAACUCUAUCAUGGAAGAUUAUCCUGUGUACAGUGUUCACAUCAACUUUUCUUCUUGUCGGACUUCAAAAUCAUCAGUGGUUUAAAGAAACAGAGUUUCCUCAAAAACCCAGACAAUUAUAUACCGUAAUUGCAGAGUAUGUCUCCCGGCUCUAUAAUUACCAGUUCAUCACUGAGGGAUUCAGGGCAGGAACUCAAGACAGAGACCUGGAUGUAGGAACUGAAGCAGAGAUCAUAGAGGCCAGACUUCGCAUGCCUAAGGAGCAACUAGAACUCUUAAAGAAGGAAAGCCAGACUUUGGAGAACAAUUUUCGUGAAAUUCUGAUUUUAAUUGAACAAAUAGAUGUUCUGAAGGCAUUACUUAGAGACCUGAAGGACGGCAUACACAAUCACAGCUGGCCUGUCCCUCGAGAGGCUGUGCAGGACAAGGCUACCACUGAGGUUCUAGAUGAGGAAAUGUCAAACUUGGUACAUUAUGUACUUAAAAAGUUCAGAGGGGACCAAAUACAGAUGGCUGAUUAUGCCCUGAAGUCAGCUGGAGCCUCUGUCAUUGAAGCUGGGACCUCAGAAAGUUACAAAAACAAUAAAGCAAAACUGUACUGGCACGGGAUAGGGUUCCUCAAUUACGAGACGCCACCAGACAUGAUUCUUCAGCCAGAUGUCCACCCUGGAAAGUGCUGGGCCUUUCCAGGCUCCCAGGGUCAUAUCCUGAUCAAGCUAGCCAGGAAGAUCAUCCCAACAGCAGUUACCAUGGAGCACAUCUCAGAGAAGGUGUCCCCCUCAGGAAAUACCUCGAGUGCACCCAAGGAUUUCUCUGUCUAUGGCAUUCUGAAAAAAUGUGAAGGAGAAGAAAUGCUCCUCGGUCAGUUUACGUAUAACAAAACAGAAACAACCAUUCAAACAUUCGAGCUCCAGAAUGCAGCGUCUGAGUCUUUGUUAUGUGUGAGACUUCAAAUCCUCAGCAACUGGGGACAUCCAAAGUAUACUUGUUUGUACAGAUUCAGAGUCCAUGGCAUCCCCAGUGAUCACACUUAGAGGAGCUGGUGCAGAAGGUGGCAGCCGUGCAGGCAGAAUGUCCAAGGUUGCUUGCCAUUCCCUUACAUCAGAUUGCACCCCUAAGAACCAAAGAUUUGGAGUCAGAGGGAAGCCUCACACUCACCCCUACUAGGCAGUAAGAAGUAAAUGGAUUUUACUAAUAAAAAAAAAAUGAAAGUCAAUUCAACACCUUCUGGUAGUUCACUUUGAGCAUCCAGAGGUGAGUUUGUAUUUAGAAGAGGGUCUCACUGGGAACCCACCACAGCUUCUGCACUUUAAGUUGUUCGUCCUCCACAUCAGGCACAACGCCCACUAUCACCACUGUUAACCAACCCUGAGCUACAGGCUCUGGGCCGUGGAAGUGGAGAAGCCCCAGAUAAUGUUUAAGUUAGAGAUAAAAGUCAACAGCAAGUUCUGGCCGUGAACGUUUGCGGAUGAUUUGAUGGACUCCUCGGAAUUCAGUACUGUCCCUUUAAAAAUUACAAACGGGCCAGCCACAUGGCUCAGCUGGGAAAGGCCCUUUGUGGCCAAGUCUGAUGAUCUAAGUUCAGUCCUCAGAACAUACAUGGUGGAAGGAGAGAUCCAGCUCUCCAAAAACUGUGCUCUGACCUCCUAUACAAAAUAAAUAAAUAAAUAUAAUAAUUAAAAAAAUUACAAACAAGUAAAAUCUGUACAAUCUGUUAGAUGUGAAACUACUGCAUGUAAAUCAAAGCUACACAUAAAUAAAAACAAUGAUCAGAUGUA